AUGAGAGCGGCUCCCCAGGGAGCCACCAGGGCCUCCGUGUCCUGGCCCAUCCUCCUAAACCUCCUCCAUUCUAGAAAAGAAGCAACGGAGAAUGUUUUAGAGUCACCUGCUGUGAGCCCCUUGGGACCUCCAGGCGUACCCGGCAAGCUCUCACUACUUCUCAUCCCCACUAAGGGGCCUCCGAUUUUCCCUGAGAAGUGCGACUUCGGUGCCCGGCAACAUCCACCUAGGAGUGGCCCCCAUGGGUCGGGCUCGGCCCUGACCCUGCAGACGAUCCCGCUGACCACGGUGCUGACCAAUGGGCCUCCUGCCAGUACUACUGCUCCCACUCAGCUCGUUCUCCAGAGUGUUCCAGCGGCCUCUACUUUCAAGGACACCUUCACUUUGCAGGCCUCUUUCCCCCUAAACGCCAGUUUCCAAGACAGCCAGGUGGCAGCCCCAGGGGCUCCACUGAUUCUCAGUGGCCUCCCCCAACUUCUGGCUGGGGCCAACCGUCCGACCAACCCAGCGCCACCCAUGGUCACAGGGGCUGGACCAGCAGGGCCCAGCUCUCAGCCCCCUGGGACUGUCAUUGCUGCCUUCAUCAGGACUUCUGGCACUACAGCAGCCCCUGGGGUCAAGGAGGGGCCACUGAGGUCCUCCUCCUAUGUUCAGGGUAUGGUGACGGGGGCCCCCAUGGAGGGGCUGCUGGUUCCUGAAGAGACCCUGAGGGAGCUCCUGAGAGAUCAGGCUCAUCUUCAGCCACUUCCAACCCAAGUGGUUUCCAGGGGUUCCCACAAUCCGAGCCUUCUGGGCAACCAGACUUUGUCUCCUCCCAGCCGCCCCACUGUUGGGCUGACCCCGGUGGCUGAACUUGAGCUCUCCUCAGGCCCAGGGCCCCUGUUGAUGGCUGAGCCUAGUGUGACCACAUCUGGGAGCCUUCUGACAAGAUCCCCCACCCCAGCCCCCUUCUCCCCAUUCAACCCUACUUCCCUCAUUAAGAUGGAGCCCCAUGACAUGUAAGCAAAGGGGUCAGGGCAAGUGUGACCCACCAGGCAAAACUGAGCAGCAUUUUCAUAGGGACCGACUUCAGUAGCACACCUGCCCCUGCAUUUCAGUGGGAUGUCAACACACUUCACCCCCAGUUCCCCGGCCCUGCCUGGUGUCACUGUGGCCAAACAGUGCCCAGCUUAAGCAUCCCUGGCAUCAGACUAUGGCCUUCAAGAGCACUAGGGGAUAUGCUUUUGGCAGCAUAAUGGGCUGACUUGGUGAUGGAGGGAAAAACCCUUGAGCCAAGCAGAAGUUUGUGACCAGGGUCUGUGCAGCAGUUUCGUGAGAAGAGCCCUUCUCCUUGGCUCUAUCUCACUGGCUGCAUUCCCUACACAGGGAAUUUACUACCCCAUAUGUGACUAUCCCUGUAUGUACUUGUGUGUACUUGUUGGUCUGUAUCUUAGUUUCUUUGGGGAGGACAGGGCUGUAGCUGUGAGGUCUUGUCUCCAAAGGUGUGUGUAUGUCUCCGUGGAUCAGCCCACAGGGAUAGGGAUUUUGUUUUUAAGGGAAAGCAUUCUCUAAUUCCCUUUAUUCAUGCCAAGAUUCAGUUGCUCUGAGACUAUGGGGUACAAGUUUGAUCCCCCGAAUCUGGAGAUGUUGUAGAGCUAGAACGAGUGCAGAGUAGGAACGCUUUGAUGCGCAUGCGCAUUGGGGAAGAUGCGCUCCUCAGGGACACGAAGGCCGAGUAGGAUAAAACCAUGACGGGAGGGAAGGGAAGUCAGCUCUGGGAGCAGCACUCACUGGCUGGACCAAGGUACUCUUCCUAGAGUUUGCUGUGUUAGCAACCACAGUCACCACGCGGUCAGGCUGGAAUCUUGGGCCACCCCAGAGUGCUUUGCUGAAGGAUUAGACAGGGGUAAAGUGCCCUCCAGCCUCAGAGUUAGCCACAAAGCCCCCAGUCAGAGCUGAAUUCAUUGAAUAUUUGUGCCUCGGGCUUGGGCUGUUUGUGUGAUACCAGCCCCCCGCCAGACAAUAGCCUUUGCUGACACCCCAGCCUACUUCCCCGAUCCUGGGCUCCCUCUUGAUUACUUUUUGACAUUUUCCAGCUGUCAGGCGUCACUGGGGCUAGCCCAGCAGCGACCUAUAUGGGGCCCACCCCCAUUCCUGCUCAAGCAUGGGCACCUACCACAUGGUUUCUGCUGCUCAGCCUGCCUGCAACUCACCUCAAAGGCGAACCAGCCUGCCUCUAUGAUGACUGCAGCAGACCUCCUCGGGUGGACCGAUGCCCCUCAUCUCCCACUUUCACACCUAACCCUGACUCCUUCACCAAGAAGACGGGAGUCGGCAGCCAGGAGUUCCCAUGGCACCUCUCUCUCUUCGUGGCUCCCUGCUUCCUCCUUCCCUCUUUCCAAGGAAGGGCCAACCUAUUCUCUCUCAAAGCCAACCCCUGGGCCAAGGGCCUGGAUCUCCUCCCCUCUCCCUUCUUUAAACGAGCUUGCUUCCCUCCUGCCAAGUUUGGGGGCAAGGCUAAGAAAUUUCAGCCACAGAAACAACUCUAUUAUGUGGUGACUUUGGGUAAUGUGAAUCAGUGCCUGAGGACCUUUGCUGUGUCCUUGGUACAAAACCAUCCACUUGACCUAACUACCUCCCCUGGCCGCGCUCUCGCUCUUCUCUUCUUUGCCAAGCCAAUUAUCACCCUCUCCCACUCUCUUCUCCCUGCCCCCUGGAGGGCACUGCGUUUAGUUGUGCAAAUUGUAUUUUCUAUGCGUGUUUCCAGCAGUUGGCAUUAAAGUGCCUUUUUCUAAUAAAAUCAGUUUAUGAUGACAGUU